AUGUCUUUCUCUUUCCUUCACCAACUUAUAUUCCCAGAGUUUGACAGCACAAACUGUCUGUUGGAUACGCAAAGCAUAGAGGUAAAAAUAUUCAAAAGAUGGUGGAUAAUCUAUGCAAUAGACGUAGAGUGGAUAUAUUUUAUGCGUCGUAUUCAUCUGAAGCAAGUAGCGAUAUCGACUCGAGAUGUUAAAGACGAUGUUAAAACAUUAGCUAAACUAAAAAAAAAAACGUUCAUGGCCACACCCAAGUUAAAAGCAUUUGGUGUGGACAGACUAAAAGUUCAAAAAAAAGGGCAAGAAAAGGAAAAGUUCAAAGUUGUGCUUAUAAUCCCGUCUCUGUCAUUAAGUGAGAACGUCUUAUUGCGAGUUUUUCUAUACCUCUCAUUAUAUGGCACGUCUCUAUAA